CGCCGCUUGUCGUGCUUCCUGCCUUGCUGAGGGAGGGGACGGUGCUGACGGCUGGGAGGACGAAAGGAGAGACAAGAAAGCUUUUGGGAAGAAAUAAGAGAGUGGGGAAAGGCCCCGGUGUCCACCGUCCGUCGGGAAAUUAACACCCCCACAUUUGUGUAGCUGCUGUAUUUGUCACCGGACCGGCGCUAAAACAAAAUGUCGAACAGUCGUCAGCUUAGCGAGAGCAGGGCCAUCCCGACCAGGACGGUGUCGAUCAACGACACAACGCAGCUACCUCAUGACUAUUGUACCACCCCUGGAGGCACUUUAUUCUCCACCACUCCUGGAGGCACCCGGAUCAUCUAUGACCGUAAGUUCUUACUGGACAGGCGUAACUCUCCGAUUGCCCAGACCCCUCCAGCUCACCUGCCUGUCAUUCCCGGAGUGACCAGCCAACACAUCCUGAGUGAGAACCAGAAGAACGAAGCCAAGAACCACAUCAACAAUCAUGACGGCAAGCCCACAACCGGUGACGACGCUCAGUUUGAAAUGGACAUCUAACGGACUGGAACCUCACCAGCAAAAGCAAAUGACCUGGCAUCACGUGUGCCAGUGGCUUGGCUUGUAGAAAACCAAUGUUGUGAGCCCUCAUGGCAGCCAUCUUCUUUUGCUCUCUCUCUUGUCUCGCUGCUGGAUGUAAUGUGUGUAAACCACAGGAAUACAGUUUAUUAUGCGUACAAGUACACCACGGCCAACUCUGGAAACUAGGUAGAGGGUUGAUCGGACUAGGUUUCCAUGGUUACCAGUGACUGUACAAAUCAACAAAUACAACAAGGGAGUGGGCCUGAAUGCUUUGUCCAGUUUAGAUCAUGGUCAUACGGCAUACGGUGAUCCUUUUUUCUGUGAAUCAGGAUUUUAACAGAGCACACUAUAACAAAUGAUAACAUUCAAGUUAUGUUCAAGUGGUGAAUGAAAUAGUCAUUUUACAUACUGGCCUUAGAAUCAGUCAAAAGCUUUGAUACUCAUCACAGUCUUUUUGGUUUUUAAGACCCUUGGAAGCACGUUAUUUAAUUUUUGGGAAGUACUUGAAAAGCUCCACAAUCUAUUAUCAGUUCUCUGGUCUGUUUUUAAAGGGAUGCUGUGUUGUUUUAUUUUCCAGUUAGUUUUUUCACACCAUUCCAAUAUUCUCAUUCUCUUCAUCAACACAAGCCUGUGUCAGUUUCCAUUUUUCUUUUUUUUCUUUUUUUUGCUUUUAAAAUAAGUUAGAAGUUUGACAAAGUCAUUCUAAGUAUCAAAUCCACUUUCCCGAAGCUUUUAGCCACAUCUCAUAGCCCUCAUCCGCCAGUAGUUGUCAUGGAGAUGGUGUUAAAAGGUGGCCACUCACAUUUGACUGUGGACACCGUUUGCAAGUGUCAGAUGACAAUUCCUGCAGCCUCUUUUUAUGACUACUGAGAUUAUAUCAAAAAUAAAAUUGGCCUUUUAUCAAUCUUUAUUUUGUGAUAAAGGUCAUGAGAUGUUUCUGAAAGCUCUAUUAAAUGGGCCUCAAGUUACGAAGUCUUUGCUAGAAAUAUAAAACCUCAACAUAAUCAUCAAAGUGAUUGUAUUUCCUAUGAUAAUGUCAAAUCCAAGACUUAAGAAUUACAUUUCAUUUAGGAGUAUACUUCAGUUUAUUAAA